UCAUGAUGCCGCAGACAGACAUGGCUCUCCUCCGAAGGUAUAAAGGAUGCAAUUCUUCAUAAUGUUGUUGUGUCGAAUACAUGUUAAUGGCUUAACAGAGAGUAGGAUAAGAAGGGAACGAAAAAUUAUGAAAACAUGUCUUCCUCGGUGAAAGUUGUCACAACAGAAUCAGAAGCAGGGACAUUACAGAUGUUUCUUGUAGAUGACUUGGACAAUGAUGUGGCUGCUGAAAGUCUCAGUAAAAUCAAUGAUAAUACCGGAACUGGAAACUUAAAUCCUUCAGUGCAAAAUGACAAAGAAAGCUCUUCCAAAAAUAUCAUUAAUUUACAUAAUGAAAAUGAUGUGCUAGGUUCUCAAGCAGAAAAGAUAUCAGAGAACAAACGUGAUACUGCAAAUGCUAGUUGUUUUGAUAAGCCCAGUCGUCGAAGCUUGAGGUUAAAAGCUGGCAAAAGGCCCUUGACCUAUAAAAUAAAUUCUGAAGAUGAAGAACUAUUUGACACAGAUGCCUUAACCUACUGCAUGAAGACUGCUGCAGCUAAAACAUCAAAGUCUUCCAAAACUCACUCACCAGUCCAGUCUGUCUCCCUUGCCAAUAACUUCAAUAAGCCAUAUUCCUGUGAUGAAUGUAGUAUGAGUUGCAAGACAGCGGGAAAUCUUAAACAGCACAAACAGACCCACCUUGAGGUUAAACCAUUUACCUGCACCACAUGCGGGUAUUCUUGUAAAAGGAAAUCUGACCUGAAGAAGCACGAGGAAACCCAUGGCUCCAAAAAUGCCUUCAAAUGUUCCGAGUGUGACUACUCCGGGAAGAGACUGAAAUAUCUCAAGAAACACAUGCGCAUCCACAACAAAGAGGCGUCGUUCUCCUGUCACUUAUGCCAGUACAGAAGUCACAUCAAGGGUGCGCUCGACAAUCAUUUGACCAGGCAUUCAGACCUUCGUCCGUACAGCUGCGUCCUGUGUGGGGAGGGCUUUAAGCUGAAAUGGGCCCUGAAAAAGCACAUGGUAACCCACUCAAACAUCAGCCCAUAUCCCUGUGACAUAUGUGGGGCCGCUUUUAAAAGAAAAGACCAUUUAAAGAAACAUGAAUCUCUGCAUAAAAACGGUGUGAAGACACGGAAACCCCCAAGUAAAGAUGUCCUUGGUGGAGAAGUGCUGAGUGUUGCCAACGGAGACCAAGCCCACGACGAAUACAGCGACAUCAAGAAAGAGUAUGAUGAAAACAAUGACAGCUCCAAUGCAACAAUCAUAGCUGAAAAUCCUGGUGAGAACUCUAAGGAAGUCAUGACCCAGGGAUUUAUAAAACUGAAAGGGGGGUCAAUUCAGUGCACAACGUGUAACUAUUUCUGUGGUAGUAUAAACGUACUGCGUAGACACAUGCGUAGACAUUCGGACGCAAAGCCUUUCAUAUGCCUGCAGUGCGGGGCAUCUUUUAAAAGGAAAGAUCAUUUAAAAGUUCACAAAUUCACUCACAGUGAUUUAAGACCCCACAAGUGCCCCCACUGCUCCUAUGGAACUCACCGCAAAUACCGUCUUAAAUUGCAUAUCUUGACCCACCAGACCCACAAACCCAUCUCAUGCUCAGCAUGUGUUUAUAAGUGCAGGCGGUACUGUGAACUGAGGUACCACAUGAGAAACAAGCACAGAAUGGAGGUGGAACCCGACGGCGAUCCUGAGCACAAGCUGGAGAAUGGCGGUGUUGAGCUGAGGUGUGAAAAGUGUGACUACACAUGCGACUCUCUGAAGAGACUGAAGUAUCACAUAGAGAGGCAUGAUAACAAGACCCCCCAUUCAUGUCCCCACUGUGACUACAAGUGCAGCUCACGUUCCAGCCUCACGGACCAUCUGCUGCGCCAUGCCGGGAUCAAACCCUGCCUUUGUUCUGUUUGUGGUAUGGCUUUCCGCAACACAUCUCGGCUCAACAGACACAAGCUGGUGCACUCUGACAUUAAGCCGUACGGCUGUGACUUUUGCGACUUCUCAUCUCGCUCCAAGUAUAAUCUCAAACAGCACACGCUGCGGCACACGGACCAGGAAAAAUCUCGUAGGCGAACCAGGAAGCCUGCAAAACCCAAAGAAAACAAACAGCCCAACACGAACCGACCGACAACAGAGGUGAUAAAACAGAGCUACCAGCCAGACAUCCCAUCCAUCUUGAGUCAGAUGAGCUCCAACAUUUAUCUAGAAUCUGUUCAUCCACAACCGGAAAUCACUUCAACUUUCCCAGACAGUCUUGACCAUGCAAAACUUCCUGCUUCCCAAGUCAAUGUGACCAGCCACUAUUUGCCCAGAGACCAGCAGGACAUAAGUGAGCUAAUGAAAGCAAGAGAGAAACAAGUGGACCAAAGCUUAUAUCAUUCGACUUACCAAAGGGACAACAACACAAAUAUCAACCAGUUUCAAGUGGAACGCCCGUCUGGAUCAGCUAUGAUCAACUCUGCUUAUCCUGAGACUUACCAGCAUACAAACCCAUUUCUAGGACAAGGCAACCCCAUUGCGUACAACCCAGGUAUAAACCUGGCUCAUAUGAACCCCAGCUUUGGUUACGUGGACAGAAAUGGACCCAGCAGCUAUGGCUUUGCUAAUCCUUAUUUUUACAAUGAAACCGUAUUCCCUGGAAAUAUGAACCCAAACAUGAAUUUCUACAUGGGACCCAGUACCAGCAACACUUACCCAGUGAACCCUGGCCCUGUUUUGCCCAUGAUGCACCAAAACAUGCCUGACAUCAACACACACCUACCAGCUAGGAUUAUCCCUCCCCUGCCUUCAUUACAGUCUGUCCCAGAAGCAGUAAGUCAACAACAAAUAGCUGACCAUGAUGACUCCCAUCUGGAUGACAUGUCGCAGAGUGACGUCUCGGGUGACCUCAAUUCAGACCAGAGAUGUGAUCAAAUUAACAAAAAAUCCAAAUCGCAAGCUCAGAAAACAGGAGCCACCCUGGACAGCGGUAAAUCUAAUUCUAAAAGUGAUAGCGAUAGCUCGUCAAAACAGACCCACAUCUGUGUGGAGUGUGGCUACAUCUGUCUGACCAACACCAUGCUGCAAAGACACAAGACGACGCACUUGGAUUUGAAGCCCCACAAAUGUGAGGAGUGUGGGAAAUUGUUUAAGCGCAGAGAUCACAUGAAAGCCCACAAACGAACACAUAGUGUGGACAAAGCCUUCACCUGUGACCUUUGCUCAUACACCUGCAGCAGAAAGUACCGUCUAAAACUCCAUGAAAAAACUCACGUUAACGAGCAACAGUAUUGUUGCUCUGUAUGUGAGGCAACAUUUCUCACCGCCCAAGAGCUCAAGGACCACAUGCAGGUCCAUGACGAUGGCUUCUUGCUUGCUUGUGAAAAAUGUGAUUUUAAAUGCAAUGAGAAAUCAGACAUGAGAUGUCACAAUGAAACUCAUAAAACAUUUCUAUGUGAGAAAUGCAGCUACGUGUGUCGGUCGAGUAGAGAGUUCAGCAGUCAUAAGAAGAUGCACGCUGAGAAAGAAGAGCUGACCUGUUCUAUCUGUAACUACACGUGCGACUCCCAGAAGAGGUUGAAGUACCACUUGGAGCGUCAUGAGAAUAAGACGCCACAUGCCUGCCCACAGUGUGACUACAAGUGCAGCUCACGGUCCAGUCUGAGUGACCACUUGCUUCAGCAUGAAGGAAUCAAACCAUUCCUUUGUUCUGUUUGUGGGAUGCGAUUCCGAAAUGUAUCGCGUCUGAACAGGCACAAACUGACCCACACUGACAUUAAGCCUCAUUCUUGCGACUAUUGUUCCUUCUCCUCCAGGUCAAGGUACAACCUCAAACAACAUAUGUCCAGGCAUUUUAAAUGAACUUUUGUUUUUUCACUUUCAUCCCUGUUCAAUCUAAUUUUACCGUACCAAGAAAAUGGCAAAUUUGAAUAUUGCAUUAUUAUAGAUUAAUGUAUCACUGAACAGGAGCUCUUAAUUAUAUACAGUAUACAUAUAUACAUACAUACAGUCUAUAUACAUUUAGAAAAUUAGCAUUAACAUGGAGACACCUAAAAAAAAAUAUCAGGUCUCUCAAAUUUCGUUGUAUUAUGUAAGGGGUCACCAUAAAUAACAUCAUACUAUUUUGGCUAAUUUUUUUAGGCCCCC